AUGGACGAUGCUGCAGUGGUGUGUAGAGAGCUGCGCUGUGGGAAGGCUGUAAAUGCACCACAAUACGGUCACUUUGGACCAGGAUCAGGCCCAAUCUGGAUGGUUUAUGUGUACUGUAGUGGAUCAGAGUCGACACUGAAGAACUGUGGAUCAUAUGGGAGGGGGGAACCUUAUGGCUGUGGUCAUGGUCUUGAUGCUGGAGUCACCUGCUCAGGUCAGAAUUCAAGACUCACUGCUGGUCCUCACCGGUGCUCUGGGAGAGUGGAGGUGUUUCAUGGAGGUUCCUGGUUCACAGUGUGUGAUGCUGACUUUGACCAGCAGGAUGCAGAGGUUGUGUGUCGAGAGCUGGGCUGUGGGAUUCCUGUGGAGGUGCGGGGAUCAGCUGCUUUUGGCCGAGGGGAGGUUCAGGUGUGGACAGAGGAGCUUCAGUGUAGAGGAAAUGAAUCUGAGAUUUACUUCUGUCCAACAUCAUCUUCACUCAAACACUCAAACUGCUCCCAUUACAACGAUGUGGGAUUAAUAUGUUCUGGUCACACAGGGGCGCGGCUGGUGAACGGACCGGACUCCUGUUCUGGUCGAGUGGAGCUCCAGUACCUCGGUGACUGGGGCACAGUUUGUGCUGUAGGCUGGGAUAUGAGAGCUGCAGAUGUUCUCUGUGCACAGCUGGAUUGUGGGAGUGCUGUGGCUGUGGUGGAGGUGGACUGGUUUGGGGAGGGGAGUGGCCACAUCUGGGCUGAUGUGUUUGAUUGUCAGGGGAAGGAGACACACCUAUCACAAUGUGGCAUCUCAUCAUGGAGUCGAGCUGCAUGCUCUCAUAAACACGAUGCUGGAGUCAUCUGUAAUGGAUCAUCCGUGGCGUUUCAUGAGGGGCGAGUGCGGUUGUCUGGAGGGAGCGAGUGUCAGGGGGAGGUGGAGAUUUAUUUCAGGCAGGACUGGAGGAGAGUUCUCCUGGACUCGUGGAGUCUGUCUGAGGCGUCUGUGCUCUGCAGACAGCUGGGCUGUGGCUCCGUGCUGAACUACCGCUCCUCUCCAUCCACCACUGAACACAAACACGUGUGUGUAACGGGUUUCAGCUGCUCUGGGAGUGAAGCUCAUCUGGGGAACUGCAGCAGUGCACAACCUGUCAACUGCAGCUCCGGGGAACAGCUGUACAUCACCUGCUCAGACCCCAGGUCCAUCAGGCUGGUUGGUUCUGGGGGAGACUGUGCAGGAAGGCUGGAGGUUUUCCACAGCGGCUCGUGGGGGACAGUGUGUGAUGACUCGUGGGAUAUUGAGGAUGCGCAGGUGGUGUGCAGACAGCUGCAGUGUGGAGUGGCCCUCAGUACCCACAUACCAGCCUGGUUUGGUCCUGGAACUGGGUCCAUAUGGCUGAAUGAGGUGGAGUGUGAGGGGAACGAGACGUCCCUGUGGAACUGCAGAUUUCAGCUGUGUGAAGAGGGUGAAUGUGGACACCAGGAGGACGUAGGAGUCGUGUGCUCAGGUACAGUGUAAUG